AUGAGUGGUAUGGAAUUUUUCCCAAAUCAAUACGCAUAUGAUAACUCUGGUCAACAGAGUAACAACAACAAUCAUAACAACAACAACAAUGCAUCACCCUAUGGCAAUGUAUCAUAUGGUAAUAUGGGCAAUAUGAAUAGAUCUACACCAUCAGGUGAUUCAUUUGAUGAUGAAUUACCAUUACUUGAAGAAUUGGGGAUCAACUUUGAUCAUAUUAGAUCAAAGACAUUAUCAGUAUUAAACCCAUUCAAGAAAAUAGAUUCACAUAUCAUGGAUGAUACAGAUUUAGGUGGACCAAUAUUCUUUGAUUUAGUAUUAGGUUUCUCUUCUUUAAUGAGUGGAAAAGUACAAUUUGGAUAUAUUUAUGGAUUAGGUUUAAUUGGAUGUUUGGCCAUGUAUGUUGUAUUGAAUUUAAUGAGCGAAAAUGGAAUCGAUAUGUAUCGUGUCGUUAGUGUAUUGGGUUAUUGUUUAUUGCCAGUUGUUAUUCUUUCUUUUGUUAGAUUAAUUAUUGAUUUGACAGGAAUGGUUGGAUAUGGAUUAAUAUUUUUGGCAAUCUUUUGGAGUACAUAUUCUGCGUCAAAAAUGUUUGUUAAAACGCUUACAAUGAUAGAUCAAAGAAUUUUGGUUGCCUACCCAGUAGGUUUAUUGUACACUGGUUUUGCUUUAUUGGCUGCUUUCUAA